AUGAAUAGUAAUACGAAGGAUCCGCCUCCUGAGAACUUAACGUCUCAAAAUGUUAGUAGCCACGACCGGAUAUCGAAUUUUACAAAAAUAUUCAAGGAUAUGAGCAAAGAUAGAGAAAGAGGAUCGCCAUCAGAGCCAUGCUCUGAGUGGUUAGAUUUAAUCUUGCCUUAUUAUUUACCCGCUGUAAUUUUGGUCGGAUUGAUUGGAAACAUCCUUUCCUGCAUAGUUUUCCUUAAUACUCAUUUGAAAAUGCGAAGCUCCAGCUAUUAUUUAGCGGCACUCUCAACAGCUGAUUUCGGCUUCCUUCUUUCCAUAUCCUUUGUAUGGUUGAACAACAAUUUCGGAGUAAAGGUUUACAAUACCAACGGCUGGUGUCAAGGAUUAGUUUACCUAAGUUCCGUUUGCAGCUUUUUAAGCGUUUGGUUGAUAGUGUCAUUCACCGUUGAACGGUUCAUUGCCGUACAAUACCCACUUCAUCGGCCGAGAAUGUGCACUGUCCACAGAGCUAAGACUGUUGUCCUAGUUCUCACUGGAAUAGCUGUCCUUUUCAAUACAUAUUCCUUCUUCGCAGUUGAAAUGAAGAUUGACCAGGGCGAAGAAGUUUGUGAAAUGCGUGAUGGUUAUGAUGAAGCAAUGAGAAUUAUUAGUAUCAUCGAUGCUAUUUUGACGCUCAUAGUCCCAUUGUUUCUCAUAAUUAUAAUGAAUACAAUGAUAAUGAAGAAUCUUCUGAAAUUUGGUGAGAGCUUGGAACGAAGCAGCUCUGUCUCUCGAAGCGAUAGAAGGGAUCAGUUCGCUCUCCAAUGGUUUACAAAAAUUAACUCUAAUCCGGCUACCAUCGAGACACCAAUAGGAAGCCCAUCUCAGGAAACCGUUCCAACAUACAGAAGAACAGAUUCCAUCACACCUGCACUAAGUACUAUUUAUAAAAAUUAA